AUGUACGAGAUAGAUUGUACCUAUGCAGCACCCAGCCGCACGCCUGCACCAAAGCGACGACGGAAGCAUGCAAAGGCCGAAGAUGGUAGCAGCAAUACGCAAGACCGUUUGGUACGACUCGAAAUGCUGGUCCAGCAGGUGGUCGAGCGUUUAGACGUCGCUGAAAGGGACAAUGAAGCUCAGGUUCCACUCUUACACCAGGAGACGACAGCAGUCACCACGGCGGCGCCAUCAACGAUCUCCAGCAGCGAACACGAGGAGUCUUCCCCGGGAUCGAUGGCCUUGCCUCCUCUGCAACAGGUCCUGUCUGUCAUACAAGUGUACCUCCGCGGCUUCAACUCAGUAUUACCGCUGUUUCAUGCCGAGACUCUCCUGCAGUUGGUCCACGAUUAUUACAAUCUUAGACCCCGACACCGAGAUUCAGUAGUGUGGGCUGCCAUAAAUGUUGUGCUGGCUCUCGCACAGCGACACAAUCAUACGGCUGGUCAUGAUCUUCCAUCUGCAGCUGCAUGUCUUAGCAGAGCAGAAUCGGUGCUGUCGAGAGUGGCCCUAGGUGAUAUCCACCUGCUCAACAUCCAGGUCUUGGUGGGCAUGGACAUUCAGCCCGCGCUGAUCUUGAUUGCCACAACAAUACGUCUCGCACACGCAAUCGGCCUGCACGAUUGCAUUCACUCGGCGCAUCUGGAUCCCAUUCAUGCGAAACAGCGCGCUUACGUAUUUUGGUUGGCGUAUAUCCUCGACAAAGACCUCAGUAUGCGCUCAAAACAGCCAUCGAUUCAGGUUGAUGAUGAUGUCAACCUUGACUUACCUUGGCCAAUAGAGGUCCAACAUGACGAGGAAAGGAGUGGAAUCAACAGAACCGACGACACUGCCGGUUGUAUCAUCACCACCGACGGAAUCAGCAAAAUGAACUACCUCGUGGCUCGCAUCCAGUUGGCUGCUAUCGAGGGCGGUGUAUACGAUUAUGUAUAUUCAACCCGAUCUCGGAAACGCAGUGCAGAAGAGCGUUCCCGAGCACGGCAAAGCGUAGCUCACGCUCUUGAGAUGUGGAAGGCGUCUAUACCCUCCGAGUUCGAUAUCACCACCGACUGGAGAAGAGUGCCUCCUGAUAUGCUAUAG